AUGCGGAUGCUGCUGUCGGACUACAUCCGCCUGGUCAACGUGCACACCGAGCACAUCCUCUACGAUGAGAAGGACCUGAACCGGUGCAUCGACAAGAUCGAGCUCGUGGACUUCCACCAGGUCCUGGAGCACGAGGGCAUCAAGUUCUGGUGUUACAACGCCGGGCACGUUCUCGGUGCGGCCAUGUUCAUGAUCGAGAUUGCGGGGGUGCACGUGCUGUACACCGGAGACUACAGCAUGGAGGCCGACAGGCACCUCAUGGCGGCUGAGAUGCCCAGCACCUCUCCGGACGUGCUGAUCGUCGAGUCCACCUACGGAGUGCAGGUGCACGAGCCGCGAAAAGAGCGAGAAUCGCGUUUCGUGGGCACGGUGUCCAAGGCGGUCAAGAAGGGAGGGAGGUGCCUCAUCCCCGUCUUCGCGCUGGGGCGUGCUCAAGAGCUCCUGCUCAUCCUGGAUGAGUACUGGCAGCAACACCGCGAGCUGCACCACAUCCCUAUCUACUACGCCUCGCGACUGGCAUCCAAGACGUACAUCAACAUGAUGAACGAGCACAUCCGGCAGCAGAUGGAUGUGGCCAACCCCUUCAAGUUUCAGCACAUCACCAACCUCAAGAGCAUCGACCAGUUCGAUGACUCGGGACCGUCGGUUGUGAUGGCGUCGCCGGGGAUGCUCCAGAGCGGGGUUUCCAGGAUGCUGUUCGACCGCUGGUGCACCGACGACAAGAACAGCGUCCUCAUCCCCGGCUACUCCGUGGAGGGCACGCUGGCCAAGAAGCUCCUGUCGAUGCCCGACGAGGUUCAGGGGAUGGACGGAAGGGUGCGGCAGCGGAGGUGCGAGGUGGAGUACAUCUCGUUUUCCGCACACGUGGACUUCGUCCAGAACAAGGGCUUCAUCGAAGGGGUGCAGCCGGCCAACGUUAUCCUGGUGCACGGGGAAGAGACGGGCAUGCUGAGGCUCAAGACCGAGCUCGAGAAGCAGUUCGCCAUGGUGCCCCAGGACGAGCGACCCCUUGUCUUCAACCCCAAGAACUGCGCCGAGGUUAAGAUCGAGUUUCACCGGGAGACUGUGGCCAAGGCGGUCGGCUCUCUCGCUCGCGACCUGGGCGGCCGCGGGAAGGGUAGCAAGGGUGUCAGCAGGCGGGCGGCGGCCGCGCGACGGCGAGGCGAGGCGUUUGACGUGCAGGGGCUGCUGGUGAACGAGCGCUUCACCAAGAGGCUAAUGUCUGCGGACGAGCUGGACGAGUACACACUGCUCAAGGUUGGCGGAAUCCGGCAGCGGCUAUCGGUGCCGUACUUCUCCUCCGCCGAGGCCCUCCGAGCUUUCGUGAGGGAGGUGUUCGCCGACGACAGCAUCAAGCAGGAGGAGGGGACCUUCGGCACCAGGCUCGUCGUUCACGGGGCUGUGGCAGCGACUCUGCCGCCUCCCAGCGCUAAGGACAGGACCAAGCUUCUUCUGGAGUGGGAUGCCAGCCCCGUCAACGACAUGCUCGCGGACUCGAUGGUGGCGCUCGCGACCCAGGCGCAAACCAGGGAAGAAGGUGCGCGUGUCAAGGCUACAGGAGGCAUGGGUGUAGAUGAAGGAGGUGUUGCUGCGACGUUGUCCUCGAAGGUGAAGACUGAGGUGGGAGAGGAAGGAGGCCCACCAGCGUUGGGAGGGAGAGGGACUGGUGUCGCUGGUGCCAGAGCAGUCAAGACGGAAAGUUCGUCGGCGGCGGGGGAGGGAGCGGCGGCAGGGGAUCGAGAGAGGACCAAAUCACCGUCAGGCAGUGUUGCUGGCCGGGCGGGAGACGAAGCCAGAGCCUCUGCUUCGGUUCAUACGGCAAAACCUACCGCGGCGGCACCUCGCCGCGGCGAUGGUGCUGCCGGAGAAGACCAGGAGGGCAGCGACUGGUCGUCGAUGCUCGCGGCAGCGCUGCUGCUAAUACGCCAUGCGAUGCAAGACACUUUCGGGAAGGGGGCGGUAACCGUGACUUCGAAGCACAAGAAGAAGCCGGCACCGCCGCCGGCCGCGGCCGGGAAGCAGGCUUCGCCCGACAAGCCGUUGUCGGCGGAAAUAAAGAUCGACACGGAUGGUGCAGUCGCUCGGUUGCAAGUGUACGUGGUACCGCCUGCGAGCACCGCCGUGUCCGGGUCCGGGGAGAGCGGAGGCGGAGGGUCGGCUGGGUGGCGAUGCGAGGUGGUGGAGUGCACGAGAGAUUCCCUUGGGAGCCAGAUCUCGAUGCUCGUCGAACGGCUAAGGGCGGCUGUUUCGAGGAGCUGAGCCGAUUGGUUACAAGGGCGUAACCAGUUAGUCGGGUGGAUGCUUGGCGGCACGAGGACGGCGCGCGCAGUUGUUGGAUGCGUUUGGCGAUAGUCCGGUUUGUUGCGCUGGUUGUUGUUGGCUUGCAGGGAGAGAAAUGCAUUCUGCGAGUGUUGUUGAUUAUCCGGCAGGUGUGCCUUACAUGCGACACUACGAGCCUGGCCCGGCUUAUAUUAACGGCACUGCUGCAGCCCUGUUCUUUAGGCAGCUUUGAUGCGUUGUGCACGUCGCAGAAGAGGCCGGCACGCGGGAUAUACGCUGAAAGAGGGACGGUCUUGCUGAGCAACGGUGUCGUUCUUACUUGUUCGUGCGUUCUCGCCAUGGGUGUUGAAAAGGUAGCUUUCUUCCUGGUAGUGACCGUUCAUGCUGAUCAAGAGUCUGCCAUGGAAACGACGUAACGGGGUUGCAGUCGGAAGACUGACUGUACAGAACCUGGUGUCAUAAUGGAAUAUUAGGUCUGAGAAUUUCGGCAACAGAAACUGAACCCCUACUGUAAACGGGGCUUCAGAACAUUUGCUUUGAACGAGAGUGUGAAUCUGGUCGCCGUAAA